AAUUCAAUGCUGUCAUAAAUGUUCAAAGUCAAUUUAACAAAUUACAGGUCAAAUUUUUAAAAGUUUUUAGCAUACACUAACAUACUUAUUCAUUUUAUAUAAAUAUUAAUAUGGUUACUGGAAUAGUAGCUGGAAGGCUUGCUGUCGUAACGGGUGCUGGAUCGGGUAUAGGCCGAGCGGCAUGUCAGGUACUAUCGCGAGAAGGUGCUACGGUUAUUGCGGCAGAUAAUAAUUAUGAGGCUGCCGUACAAACUAUCAAAACGCACACCGCCUUGGCUUCUGGAUCUAAUGCUGUAGGAGACCACAGUGCUAUUGAAACAGAUGUAUCUGACUCAAAUUCAGUACAGCAUUUGGUACAAACUGCACUCAAGCAGUAUAAAGCGCCUCCAACGAUUGUGGUCAAUUCUGCAGGUAUCACUAGAGACAACUGGCUUUUGAAGAUGUCUGAAGAGGAUUACAACACUGUUCUGAAUGUCAACUUAAAGGGUACAUUCCUGGUGAUGCAAGCAUUUGCCCAAAAAUUGACUGAAGCAUCAUUGCCUGGCUCUAUUAUUAACAUAUCUAGUAUUGUUGGCAAAUACGGAAACUUAGGGCAAACUAAUUACGCUGGAAGUAAAGCUGGCGUAGUAGCUAUGUCGCAGUCAGCGGCUAAAGAAUUAGGGAAGUUUAAUAUAAGAGUAAAUGCAAUUCUGCCUGGUUUUAUUAAAACUCCAAUUAUAGAAACUGUACCUGAUAAAGUUGUUGAUAAAUUAUUGAAAAUGGUGCCAUUGGGAAGACUUGGUGAUCCUGUCGAGGUCGCUGAACUUAUAACAUUCUUGGGCUCUGAUAAGAGCUCAUACAUCACUGGAGCAGCUAUAGACAUCAGUGGAGGAUUUUAGGAAAUACAUAUUUUUAUAUAUAUUAUAGUAUAGAUAAUUACUAUACUAGUCCCCUAUUAAUUAGGUGCCUCUUUCAUCCUGUGAUAUUUAAAUAUGUACAGUGUUUUUACAUUCAAAUCAUUAACAUAUUAUACAGGUUAUAUUUUAUAAUACAUAUUUUACAAAAACUAUACUUUUUGCAGUUAUUCAUAUUAGAUAGAAAAUAAAAAUAAUUGUUAAAACUAUUUUGCUAUUGGUGUUGAUUUAUAUAUAAAUUAUGGGUAC